AUGGACUAUUUCUCUGCUACUAAUAACUGUAGCUCAGAUGGCUCUAACUCUAACUCUUCUUCAGCUACCAAACAGAACGGCACCGGAGAGAAGAUCAAGGGUGGUGUGAAGAGCAAAAGCAAAGGAGUGAGGCUUUCCACAGACCCGCAGAGUGUGGCGGCCAGAGAGAGGAGGCAUAGGAUCAGUGACCGGUUCAAGAUCUUGCAGAGCUUGGUUCCUGGUGGGACCAAAAUGGACACGGUGUCCAUGUUAGAGGAAGCUAUCCACUAUGUGAAGUUCCUCAAGGCCCAGAUAUGGCUUCACCAGAGCAUGAUCAACUUUGUGGACGAUGAUGAUCGUCUUCCCCAUGACCGUUCAUCAUCCUCAUCAUCCUCAUCUAUGUUCCAGUACCAGCUUCCAGCUGAUCAUCAUCUUCAUCAUCCAACUGGGUCCCAUGAUUUCUACUCUCAGAACAAUUUCGUGCAACCACCUUCACCGUCUAUGAAUAUUCCAUUGCCUGACCCUAAUUACUUCCAAGGUCAAGAAGCCAUGCCCAAUAUUGAAGCCUACAUGAAAUAUUAUAGCUAG